AUGGCAGCGUCCUUUCUGCCUGUCCUCUCCACGCCUGAUAUCGAACAAGCUACACAAUUAAUUCAAACCACAUACGCCCCGGCCGGACUCUCGCCGGAAACCCAGAAGCGUUUGCAGCAGGAAAUUUUCGACAUCCAGAAGCGCCCCGCAGCAUGGGGCCUUGUCAUCCCUUUCCUUGAGCAUCCGGACCCCAAUGUGCAGUUCUUCGGCGCGCAUACAGCCCAAGUCAAGAUUGCGAGAGACUGGGAAGCAUUUCCGCACGAGAACGAUGAAGAAUUGCGCGACCUGCUGGUUCAACUCACAUCGCGUGCCAUCGCAACCUCCAGCAAUAAAGUCAUUCUUCGAAAGCUAUAUGUCGCGCUCACAUCUCUCGCCCUCAUUCUUGUACCGAAACAUCCUUCUCGGUGGCCAGGGUGGAUUCAGGCGUGCGUUUCAUCCUUCUCUGCCAAUGGAGGUGCAUCGGAGCACAUCCUCGAUUUCUUGGCCAUUGUAGCGGAAGAGGUAGAAACAGCCGUCAUCUGGGGGCCUAGCAAGAUGCAACUCAAUCAAUCGCUGCUAGACGCAGUGCCGAUGGUCGUCCAAGCGAUUAGGGCCACCAUCACUAACUCAUCGACCACAGUCCGCCAACGGCAGUCCGCGCUCAAGUGCCUUGAGGCGUGGCUCACUCUUCUCCCUACAAGCGACAUCACGCCCUUGAUCCCGCUCCUCAUCAACCUGCUCGCUGCUGCCAUUGAUGACGAUGAUAUAUUUACUGCGGCUUCCGAUACGCUUCAGGAAGUCAUGUCCAAGUCGGCUCUCUCUGACGGGGCGGGUACUCGGACACUCACAGAGCCCCUGCUGAUAUGGCUGAUAUCUAUGGCUGCUCCAGCAUUCGACAGCGCCCUGGCGAACGGCGCGAUAGACGAACGCGCCCACUCGUUGUGUAAACUUAUCACCGCCAUCGGUGACCAUUCGACUUCGUAUAUUGCUGCCAAUCUUGCAUCGACGGUUACUGUAUCAAUACCAGCGGUCACUUUCCCCUGGAGCACGCAACAGCCUUUUACUCGAGCUCAGCUCACGCAGAACUUUCUUCGAAUGUUACUCGCCUUCACCGCGCUUCCAGGCUACCACGGAGUAGAUGAGGAAGAGAGCGAGAUGACGUUGUCGUUCUGGUAUUUAUUCCAAGAGACACUCUGGAGCAUAGACUAUGACGAAGAUGCGGUAAGUGGUUCAAAGGAAGACGAAGUCGUAGCCGUGUCAAGGGCCGUGUAUAGUCAAUUGGUGCAGGUACUAAGAAGGAAGAUGGUUUGGCCUGCCCCUAUGUCCGGAUGGACUCGAGAUCAGAUCGACAAAUUUCAAGUAUAUCGGCGGGACGUUGGUGACACUUUGAUCAAUGCCUACUACGUGCUGCGUGACGACAUGCUUGACUUUUACCUCAAUGACGUCUCGUCUCGGCUUGCAGCGGUGACCAACGGUGGUGGAUGGGAGGAUAUUGAAGCGACUCUGCACUGCAUCGUAUCUAUCCAAGAGUCCAUGGAUCUCGAGAAGACUCCGCAGCUCGCUCGCCUGUUUACGCCCGAGAUACUCGGCCGUCUACCCAGUUCGGGUCGCGACCGUGUUCGACGCACGAUGCUCAGUCUUAUAGGAACCUACGCCUCGUGGUUUGCCGCCCAACCUCUGAAUCAGAGCUCCGGGAUGCUGAUGACUGUCGUUGGAUACGUCGUAGCAGCCCUUCCCGAGCCAACAUUAUGCCUAGCAGCCGCAAACGCGCUAAGAGAACUGUGUGACGUAAAUAGGACAGCUCUCGCUCCUCAUAUAGCUGCAUUCGGCGAGCUGCAUGCCGGGUUGGUGAAUGUUGCAGAUAGCGAGCGCGGUAAAGUCUUGCAGUCGAUCUCGAGUGUCAUCCAGGCACUACCCCCAGAAGCUGAAAUUCCGUCUCUCGAAGCUAUUGUUCGCCCUGUCGUGGAGAAACUCUCACAGACUCUGCAAAAUGCGAGGGAGUUGCCCGAAGACUCGAAGUCGCUGGCGGUGAUUCAGAUCGAGACGCUGAGGGGUGUUGCGAAGGGGUUGACGAGGACCCAUGAUGGUAUGGCUGCGUUCGAGGAUAGCCCCGACGUACAAGCUGAGGUGGAUAAGAUGAAGAGGGCGAGGGAAGAGCCGCGUAUGGUACGACUUCGGAAGGAUGUCCUCGACGUGUUAUCCGGUGUGGUAGAUGUUUGGUCUACGGACAUGGAAGUCAGUAGCACGUUGAGCGAGCUUUUCAAAGCUAUGACCGCUCUCCCUGUGGAUACCACCCUUCUAUCGCUUCCUGCUGGUCCCAUCCUGGAGCUUGUUUGCCUAGCUGCUCAAAGACGCCUUACGUCCAUCUGGUUGUCCCUCGCUGGGAUACUCAUCGCGCAGAUGAACCCGCCGUCACUGCUCCUUACCCUGAAGGCAGAGCCAACACCCGAGGACACAUCAAGGGUAUCGGCGGCUCUCCCCAUACUUUUACAGGCCUCACUCAGCUUUUUGAGUCAACCCCAGGCCUUAGAGGACAACCCAGAUGUGGUGACGGACUUUUUUGGAUGCGUUGAUACAGUCGCGAAGAAUUUCCCGAUGGCAUUCUUCGUUCUUCCUGCGGGCGCAUUGGAUUCGCUGAUGAAAUGCUCGCUUACAUCGAUGGCGCUGCAGGAGAGGUAUUCCCUGGUGUCGGUAUGCAACUUCUUGGGAACAUUGCUGAACCAGUUGUUCAUACGGAAAGAGCUCGAAGAAGCAAGACUUGGCUUCCUCCAGACUCAUGCUAAAGCUCUAUUUCGGGCUGUCCUGUGCGGGUUUGCCGGAGUAGCCCCUCGGAGCGUUACUCCAAACCUAACGGAGCUGCUCUCGAUUUUACUAUCGAGGUGUACGGAGGAGUGUAGAGUGUGGGUUCGGGAGAUAUUGUACUCCAAUGAUUUCGUAGAAUCAAAGGCAGGUCCAGAGGCGAAGGAUCGUUUCAUCAAAGCUAUUCAGUCGUCACGAUCAAUGAAGAAAACUAGAGACGCGGCAAAUGAGUUUACCCUUGUAGCCCGAGGGCUUGAAGGAGCCAAUUUUGGGUAUGCGACCAUCACACGCUGA